AAGUUUCUGCCCAAGCUGGUCUCCAGAGUUGGCAAACAUGGUGGUGGAGACGGCUGCCAAGCCUCCAGGCAAAGCCGUCAAGCCAGAUGACUCCACUGUGGUCAUAUCGAAGAUGCUGUCCUGGCUUCUGCGGCAUGGUAUCAAGCACAAAAGUGUUGGCUUGAGCUCUGAAAGUGCAGAGGGCUGGGUGAAGGUGAACGAUGUGCUGACAUCCGACUACUUCAAGGACAUGACAAAGGAAAUUCUCAUGAAGGUGAUUGUUGACUCCAACGCACAGAAGCUCCGCUAUCAACUGACCCCGGACUGUGUGUACAUUCGAGCAUACAGCACUUUGGAGAAGAAGGCUUUCAAAGAAGGUGGAGCAGGUUCUACGGCUACAACAACUGCGCCGCCUACUGAAAAGAAAAGUCCUGUGACCGGGACACUUCGCGGGGAGGCUCCUGAAUUCGUUCCAUCCGCAAAUCCGUUGCUGGCACCAAUGCAAACUCCAGGAUACCCACCAUGGCCGGUUCUGCCAUUUGGUCAACCCCCUGCGAUGGUGCCUCAAUUCGUCCCCGUGAUGGUGCAGCAGAAAGGCGCGUCGACAGGACAUGUCACCCGGGAGCUGGGAAGAAUAAAGUCCUUCUAUGAUGACAAAGGGUAUGGAUUCAUCGAGUGCCCAAGAGUGACACAACAAUUCGGCCGAGAUCUCUUCGUUCACAAGGCUCAACUGGCCGGCUUCAAGGUUGGUGACGAGGUAACACUGACUGUGACCGUGAACGAGUCGGGUAUGCCACAAGCACAAGAUUUACAAUCUGCCACAGGCCCGCCAGCUGCACCGAAAGGCAAAGGCAAGGGAAAGGAGAAAGGAAAGGAAAGAGGUAAGGACAAGGGAGAAGGCAAGGGCAAGGAAGGUAAAGGCAAGAGUGAGGGCAAAGCAAAGGCAGACGGCAAAGGAAAGGCAGAAGGGAAAGGUAAGAGCAAGGAUGGCAAGAAUAAGAAGAAAAAAGAGGAGAAAAAGACCGAAGCAGCUGGAGAGGACUAGUCCUUGAUCUGAGCCUUCCGGCCGAAAAUGUCCAUAGAGACGUUGCAACCGGAAAAGCCAUGAGCAAAGUCGUUUCUGCUUCCAUUUCGUUGUGGUUUCCAGAGAAGUGACUCUGCUUUUCUGAACAAAACUCAAGGCUUUCUGGCAGCCUGAGUGUGGUCACAUGGCCACAGUAUCACUGGAAAUAAACUUGUCAACGACAGUCUGACUCACCAUUUGACCGUCUGGACCGUUUGGUUCAUUUUCCCUCAAGAAAGAGUGGUUGAGGGGUGAACCUUUGGCACCUUUGGCCGCUUUGCCUUUUCAGAAUGUGCCUCAGGCGCAGUCUGCUGCUGGGUACGCAGACAGAGAUGCUGGUAGACAGAUGUCCAGAUUUUGCUUUUUCGAGAUGGA